AGAGGUACUCCCUCUACAUUCUGCUUCAGUUUUAUGUUCAGAGCUCAUAUCAAAAGGGUGUGUUGUUCACCAUUUGGAUGAAAACGACCACAGAUGGCCGGGGGAAGAUAAUUUCGAGCUUCUUUCGAUUAAUUGAGUCGUGAACUGCGAGAAAGGAAAUGGACUUGACCAACUGAAAAGAAUCGAAAAAAAUAUAGAGAACGAUGAAUAAAAUCAACGUCUUCCUCGUGAGUCUCCUCCUCGCCGUCCUCCUGCAGGAAGCGCGAGCAGGAGUUGAGAGCAGAAGGAUGGAAGCAGAAGGGGAGGCAGACGGCGUAUGGGAGGGGAAGCGAAGAAAGAUUAAAAUAGCAAGAGAGGAGAGGGAGAUAGAGGAACCAAGAGAACCGCGGAUGAAGGGAGAGUCCGGGGAAAAUCUUGGCGACGAAGGUGGUAAUAAGAGAAUCGGUAGAGAGGCGAACGGAGAUGGAAUAAGCGAAAAUAAAGGAUACGAAAGCAAUAAAGAAAGAAUCAAGAGGAAGAAAUAUGAACGUAUAAGGGACAAACAAAGGGAUAAAAGGGACAAAGAGAAAGACAGAAACAUAGAAAAGAAAGCCGUAGACAGAAAGAGAAGAGAUAAAAUGAAAAAAAGGAGAGCGCAAACAAAAGAAAAUAAUGUAAAGAAAAACACAGAUGAAGAUAAGAGGAAAGAUGACGAAAGAAGAGAACAAAACAAAAAGGAUAAGAAAGAAGAAACGGAAAAGGAAAACAAACGAAAUAGAAAUAGCAAGGAAAAGGAAAACAAACGAAACAGAAAUAGCAAGGAAAAGGAACGAAAUAGAAAGAAGAACAGAACAGGAAAAGAAAGCAGAGUAAAUAAAGAUGAUAAAGAAAGGGAACGAAACAGAAAAGAGCAUAAAGAAAAACCGGAAAAAGAAACCAAAGAAAAUAGAAAUGAUAAAGGAAGGAAACGACACAAAAAUGAAGAGAAAAAAAGAGGCGAAAAAGAGACCAGUGAAGAAAGAGAUGACGAAGGAAGGGAACGAAGCAGGAAUGAGGAAAACAGAGACGAUAAAAGAGAAGUGAAAGGAAAAAAGCAUGGAAGAAAAUUGAAGAAAGACAACGGCGACGUUUCUAAAGCAGCUCGAAAGGCAAACGAACGUCAAAGAAAGAAUGAGAAUAAGAACAAAAAUAAAAAUAAAGUAGAUGAUGUUGCACUACGCUUCAGUUCCUCCAACUUCCGCAUGGCCCACUGUAUGGUAACUUAUAAGAUGAAAGAAAACGAUGCUUUUCUCAUGACAACUGACGGCUCAAAACAGUCUCGCAAAUGUGACACCAGAUUUGUGGCUCCGAAGGAUUACCGCCUGAACUUCACCUGCCCCGUGUUCAAUCUCGCUCCCACGGGAUGCAGACGAGAGAAGUUGAUUGUGAAGGACACCAACGUCAAGUAAGGAAGAAAAAUUAAGGGAAAUACUGGUAUCAUAGUAAAAUGCUCA